AUGGCGCCCCCCACCAAGAAGAAGGAGGCCACGGGCGAUCUCAUGAUCUCCACUGCAGAGUACAAAAAGACGCGCGACUCGGUCAUUGCCUCGCUCCACAACCUGCAGGCCGGGCUCAUCCACGUCCAGCACGGUAUUACCGACCUCUUGACAAACUAUCGCAAGCAUUGUGCUUCUGUCCUCGGCGGCGAGGAGGGCGAGAUCCCCCCUUUCAAUGAUGUAGCUGCUGUUGCCGCCUCUGUCAUGGAAGCCGGGAGGAAUGCCGUUGACGAGACAAAGCAGGUCCUUGCACCCGUCGACAAAUCCGCCGAGGCCAGCAAGGGCAAGAAGCGCAAGCGCGAAAAGAAGGAAAAGGACCCCAAUGCCCCCAAGAAGCCCCUCACGGCUGCUUUCCUCUACCACCAGCAUGCCCGCCCCAUUGUCAAGGCCGAUCUCGAGGCUGCCCUUCCUCCGGGCGGUCAGAUUGAGAAGAAUGCUGUUCAGCUCGAGGUAAACAAGCGCUGGAACGAGCUUCCCGAAGAGGAGAAGGAGCAAUGGAAGGCGUCCUACCGCAACUCCAUGGAAGAGUACAAGGCCGAGCUGGCCGAGUACAUUGCCAACAAGGGCAUCAAGGCUACUGAGCUCGUCGAAGAGGACGAAGGCUCUGACGACGCCGACAUUGAAGCCGAGGUUGGUGCUGCUGACUCUGAUGCCUCUUCAGAGGACGAGGAAGAGGCGCCCGCCAAAGCUCCCUCUCCACCCGCAAAGACCCCACGCAAGCGCCAGAAGACCACUCCUGUCGUUAAUGGCAACUCUGCUCCUAUUUCCAUUGCCCCCGCUGCCACAAACUCGACUCCUGUCCCCCUCCCCAAUGCACGCGCAUCACAAGCCCCAGCCCCAGCCCCAGCUCCUACUACCACCGCAGCUGCUGAAACACCCGUGAAGAAGGACACCAAGAAGAAGAAGGAAAAGGCCGCGCCCCAGCCCAUCGCCCCCGCUCCCGCCUCUUCUCACGAAGACGAGCCUGCGCCCGAGGAAACAGUCACCACCAAGAAGAAGACCAAGUCCAGCCGCAGCACCCGCAACACCGAAGCUGACGGCGACAAGGAGAAUGCCGCCCAAGAAAAGGCUGAAAAGGCGGAGAAAGCUGAAAAGGCUGGUAAAGAGAAGAAGCGCGAUCGUUCUAAGAGGAAGGCCGAUUCUUCCUAAGUCUUGCUCAUGUCCUUGUCCUUGUCCUUUUUUUGAGGCGGUCACCAUGGGAUUGAAAAAAAAGUUCUUCUUUUUUUAUCUUGGCAAAAAAGGGGACUUGAGGGUGCUGUGGAGUAUUUCAUCAUGGGUUGUAUGAUUAGGGGACUCUUUUUCUCCGGGGAGAGACCUUACUGAUACCAAAAAUGACUUUAUUUUCUUUAGAGGAGCGUUUGGGGUAGCAUGUUCUUUUUUUGUUUUUUGUUCGUCUUCGCAUCGUUGGAUGCCUAUGUUUCUUGACUUAUUCUUCUUUUGAGGGGGGAUAUGUCGAGUGAGAGAUAGGCGGGCGAAUGUGAGCGGGAGAUGUGUGUGUGUAUGUGUGUAUUGACCUUUGUUACCCCCCGGGGCUGUGUUUUAAGUAUCAGUGUUAUAAGAUUUAUACCCCU